AUGGGUUGUGGAGCAUCCUCGCCAAUGCCAAUAGGCAAUCUACCCAACGAACGUUCAUCAUUAUUACCAACAUCAUCCACUACAUUAAAUCAACAAUUAGAUUUAAAUCAAAAUCCAAAACGAGAUCGUAGUCGAAUCGUAGUACCUUUAGAUGAACUUGUUCAAAAUUUUCUUCUUGUAUGGUUGGAUGAAAAAUUCGAUGAAUCAGUAGACGAUUAUGGUCAUUCAAUCAAACAGCUACGACGUACGGUUAAUAAGAUUGAAACAUUCUGCGAAACUGAUGAAUGUGUCGAGUAUAUACUACAACUUCAAAACCAAAAAAUACUUCUUAUUAUUUCUGGUGCACUAUGUGAAACUGUUGUGCCACGCGUUCAUAAUAUGACACAACUCUAUUCAAUUUAUGUAUUCUGUCAAAAAAAAGAAAAAUAUGAAGAAUGGGCAAAACAGUGGUCCAAAGUAAAAGGUAUUUUCACUGAAAUUAUUCCAAUUUGUGAUGCAGUUCGACAAUCUGCUCGACAAUGUGACGAAGAUUCUGUCCCAAUCGGUUCUGAAAUCGAACCCUCAUUCAUGUAUACACAACUUUUCAAAGAAAUUAUUCUCACAAUCGAUUUUGAUAAAAUGAAAGAAGUGAAAGAUUUAGUCGAAUAUGCCUGUAAACACCCGGACUAUGUCGAAAAUAAUGCACAGUUGAAACUUAUCAAUAAAUUCGGUGAAGAGUACGGUGACGAUAAUAUAACCUUUGAAGUUAUUGAUAAACAUGGUAAACAUCAUCCCGGAAAUGUCGAUGACAAACCCAUUUGGUGGUACACCCAGCAAUGUUUUACGUACCAACUUGUCAACAAAGCUCUACGCUCUCUAGACGUCAGUACUCUUCUAAAAAUGGGUUUCUUCAUUUGUGACGUUCACCAUAAUAUCGAAAAACUUCAUCUCGAACAAUCUAAUGGAACUCAGGCA